CACUGAAUACAUGGAGAAAACACAGACGAAACGAUCGGAGGAGACACCGGAGCUUCACAGACAAGAAUCAGGAUGGUCUAUACCGCGGCUUUGCUCUUCGGACACGGAGUGUGUGUCUCUUCUGCGGAGGAAGAAAGCGUCGUGGAGAUGAUAGGAAAGUAUUUCCUCCAGCUCACAUCCCCGGGCACAAAGACCGGCUCUGCCCGGCGGGGGAGCGUCGAGAGCUGCGAGGACACGGACAACAACUCGCCUUUCCCUAACGUGGACGCUGGUCCGGAGCAGGAGGAGCGUCUCCUGCAGCAGGAUGUGACCCGGCACAUAGAGCAGUGUCUGACCGAGGCCAAAGCUUCCACCCUCCACUGCCAGAUGCUGCUGCUGCCUCGCCACAUGACCACCAGGGUGGGCCAGGACGUGGUGCGCUCCUCCGCUGACGAGCCCUGCGGACUCCGGGGAGCCUCCAUCACAGUCUACGUGGAGGGCAAAGAGGGCCUGAAGUCUGUGGGGAACAUCUUGGUGGACCCGAGUGUCACCCCGACGUUUGAGCUGUCUGUGGUCUUCAAGGCGGAUAAAGACGACGGCUGGCCGCCACUCAAGCACAUCUUUGAUACCAACAAAGUGUUGAAGCUGAGACCAGAGUACCGGCUGGUGAAGAGGAAGCUCUACUCCUCAGCCAGCCCGGUCAUUCAUGAUUUCAACUAGAGGGGACGUUAGAGUGUAAAACCCCUGUUUACAUUUAUUUUUUAUAUGUGUGAGUGUUAAAUGUCCAGCUAUGUUCAAAGUUUGGCCUGAUCUGCACUGAUUGUUCUUUAUUCAUGUAUAAAUAUCUAAGUUGGAGCAGGAAGUGACACUGUUUGUUCUCUGAGGCCGAUAUGAUUGUAGUAUUUUGCACAGAAUGGUUGAAUGUUAAAGUGUACACUGUAAAUGUGAAAACUUCCUCUCAGGACUGGGCAGGUCUCACUCCUCAAGUUUGCUGUACUUUUGUUAUUUAUGCAUUUGUUAAAUAAAUCUUUUGAAAUUA